AUAGAUUCUUCUUCUAAUACAAAAAAAAGAAACACAUCCCUCAAUCUGAUUCUGCUACCUACUUACUUACCUACCUAUGUAAUCAACUAUCAACGGACUUUUCUCAGUCAUCAUAAUUCUCUAUGUAAGGUAGAUACUCUACAAUCCACCCGUGCCGUGUUUUUUUUAUCUACACCUACGAAAUUGAUCAUCAUUGAUUGCAUCGAAGCUUGUUUGGAAAAGAAAGCUAUGAUUCCGUCAUACUGUGUUGCUACUACUGCUGGGUUGGAUUCCAAAUCGGUUUGA